UUAUUAUUAUAACUUAUCAAGUAAGGAGAAAAAUACAAAAUUGAACAAGGAAUAACAAAGUAUGUCGUUAAAACCGAAAAAAGUAAAUUUUAAUGAGAUUUGGUCUGAUUUGCGAAAUACUGCAGAGGCUGUUAUUAAAUUGGAUAAAGUGGAGAAAAAUGUGUGGAACUCAAGUUUUAGCAAUGUUUACAAUUUAUGCGUGGCUCAUCCGGAGCCGUUCGCGGACUUGCUUUACGAAGAGACAAAGCAAUUUUUGAAACAACAUGUAGAAACUAUGCUGCACACGCGAGUGAAUCCGCCAGGAAUAAAUUCGAAUGAUGGGGAACAGCCGGACCUGCUGAAACGUUACUAUGAUGCUUGGUCUGAAUACAGUAAAGGCAUUAACUAUUUGCACAAUCUUUACUCCUACCUCAACCAGCAGCAUAUCAAAAAACAAAAAAUAUCUGAUGCCGACGUUGUUUACGGUAAUUUAACAACCGAAACUUAUGAGCAAAUGGAAAUCGGGGAGCUAGGGCUUGACAUUUGGCGUACGAGAAUGAUUGAAUCGUUAAGUUUCGAUUUGGUAAAAUAUAUUUUGGAGGGCAUUAAAGCGGAUCGUAUGGGUCAUCCAGGACUAGACGAAGAACGCGUUCGAAUCAUCAGCGGAGUGAUGCAUAGUUUUGUGGAGGUGCAGGCUUAUAAUAAGACUGGUUCACUCAAAAUCUAUCAAUGGCUGUUCGAAUGCCCUUUACUUUUGGCGAGCGGGGAAUAUUAUGCCACCGAAGCCACAGCUCUUUUACAGCGAUGCACUGUCAGUGAAUAUAUGGAAAAAGUCAUCAAAAUCUUAGAUGAUGAGAACAGGAGGGCUCAAAAAUUUUUACACUCCAGUUCGAUACCGAAACUUUUGAAACAAUGUGAAGAAAAAUUUAUCAAUGAAAGAUUAGAUUUCUUAUAUUCGGAAUGUAAGCAAAUGGUUGCUCAGGAGAAUCGGAAAGACCUUCGCAAUAUGUACAUAAUACUCAAACCCAUACCCGAUCAUUUGAAAAUCAUGCUAAUACAGACCUUUUUGGACCAUAUUAAAAACGAAGGUCUCGAAACUAUAUCUACACUCAAGGGUGAAAGUAUUCAUAUACAAUUUGUCGAAGACAUGCUUAAAGUUCAUAAGAAGUACACCCAGCUGAUCGCAGAGGUAUUUGAAAGCGAUCCGUUGUUUUUGAGUGCUCUGGAUAAAGCAUGCGCCAGCGUUAUUAACAGAAGACCUAGUGACAAACAACCCUGCCGAAGUGCCGAAUAUGUGGCCAAGUACUGUGAUACUCUGCUCAAAAAAUCAAAGACCUCCGAAUCCGAAAUCGAUCAAAAGCUCACUAAUAAUAUAACAAUUUUCAAAUACAUCGAAGAUAAGGAUGUCUAUCAAAAAUUCUAUAGUCGAUUAUUAGCCAAACGCCUGAUCCAUGAGCAAUCGCAGAGUAUGGAUGCUGAAGAGGCCAUGAUCAAUCGUUUAAAGCAAGCAUGUGGUUACGAAUUUACAAACAAGUUACAUCGCAUGUUCACCGAUAUUUCUUUGUCUGCCGAUUUAAAUAAUAAGUUCAAUAAUUAUUUGAAACAAGAAAAUAUAGAUUUAGGCAUAAAUUUAUCCAUCAAAGUUUUACAAGCUGGAGCUUGGCCGUUGGGACCCACUCAGACUGUUAUAACAUUUGCAGUGCCUCAAGAGUUCGAAAAGGCUAUUCGUAUGUUUGAGACUUUCUACCAUAAUUCGUUUAGCGGUCGCAAAUUAACAUGGUUGCACCAUAUGUGUCACGGCGAAUUGAAAUUAGGUUAUCUAAAGAAAACCUAUAUUGUGACAAUGCAAACAUAUCAGAUGGCGAUGCUGCUGCUCUUCGAACUAUCUGAUUCUAUGACCUGUAAAGAUAUUCAAACUACUCUGCAAUUAAAUACAGAGACAUUUCAAAAACAUAUGCAAUCACUUUUGGAAUCGAAACUUUUAAUAGCGGGCAGUGAGAAUUUGGAGGAUAAUACAAAAAUCGUAUUAAAUUUGGAUUACUCUAAUAAAAGAACUAAAUUCAAAAUAACGUCAGCUUUGCAGAAAGAAACCCCUCAAGAGGUUGAACACACAAUCAACGCCGUAGAUGAAGAUCGCAAACUUUAUUUACAGGCCGCUAUCGUCCGUAUCAUGAAAUUGCGUAAGGUCCUUAAACACAAUGCAUUAAUACAAGAGAUACUAUCACAAACGAAUGUCAGCUUUACGCCUAGCAUAACAAUUAUCAAAAAAUGCAUCGAGUCGUUAAUUGAUAAACAGUACAUAGAACGUACACCGAAUUCGGGUGAUGAGUACAGUUACGUGGCUUAAAGCGGGAAAAUAUUUCAUACCUAAGAAGAAUUUUCUUACAAAUACACGAAACACACAAGAGCGUAUACCUUAAACUAAUAACUCAAGAAAUAAGAAACAUGCAAACAGCAAUAAUAGCAACAGCGCCUGUCUCUGCAAAUAUAUAUUCAUAAAAUUGAACUCAAAAUUUUCUCAUUUGUUAUCGUCUUCGUAUGUGUCUGCGAAACAUAUUUUUAUUUUUGUCUCUACUUUAUGUUUUACUAUAAAUUUUUCAGUUAUAAGUAUAUAAUUUUAAUUUAGGUGAAUUUGUCAAUAGCUAUUUCACGAUCCCGCAACAAACAUACAUACAUACACUGACACACACAUGCGACAAAAAUACAAUG